CGGCGCCCGGCGCGCGGCGGCGGCGCGCGGCGGCCUCGCGCGGGCGGCGCCCUCGAACCUCUACGAGCUGCUGGGGGUGAGCGCGGAGGCCAGACAGGACGAGAUCAAGGACGCAUACCGGUCCCUGCUGAAGAUCAGCCACCCAGACGUCGCCGGCGAAGAGAGCAGCGAGCUCAUGAUGCUGCUGAACGACGCAUACGGGGUCCUGGGCUUCCCCGACGAGAGGUGCGUGUACGACGGAACGCUGUCUGAGCGAGGGCACUCCGGCCCGAAGGCCGAGGUCUCAACCGACCUCGGCCCGACGUGGAAGCGGUCGCGCGACCCACUCAAUAGCAAGCCGGAGUGGAGGGGCACCCCGAGGUCGAUGUCUCGCUACGACAAGCUUCCAGAGGAGGACCGGGGCGCGAUGUGGAAGCAGCAGAAGUACGUGUACGUGAACCCCUUCAACUGCGUCGGGUGCUACCAGUGCUUCUCCGCGGCCCCCAAGACGUUCAUGAUGAGUAGCGUGCACGGGAAGGCGUUGGCCUACAACCAGUGGGGCGAUGCAGAGGUCGAGAUCCACUGGGCCAUCGAGGCCUGCCCGACGGACUGCAUCAGCUGGGUGAGCCGCGAGGACCUGCAGGCCUUAGAGCACGUGACCGCCGUGUACCUGUACGAGAACAACAACCAGAUGAGUGUCCCGACGCAGCUAACAAGCCGUCCAGGAAAGCUUCAGGACCCCUUCACUCAGGCGGAUAUCUGGAAGUCGAAGGCUGCCAGGCAGGAGAUCGGAGGCG